AUGGUGAAAUCUUCUUCACCUCCUUCGUUUCAUAAAUUCAGAAACAGCAACAAGGAUAAACAACAACGGUCUUCUGAAUAUGAUGAGAAACGACAGCAUGUCUACAAAUGUGAGUUCUGUCCCAAAGCAUUCAGCACAGGCCAAGCACUCGGCGGUCACAAGACUUGUCAUCGAUCCAGCAAGCAACAGAUACAUGAUGAUAAGGCUCAUAAAACUAUCAAGAUCACUUUCUUUUUAUCUUCUUCUCCAAGUUAUCCUAAUAAUCAUGAUGCCAAACUGAAAAGACAUUCAUGGACUAGGGUUUUCAAAGGUACCGUUCAUCAUCCACCUGCUGCAUUGGAACCUCUUCAACAAGAAGAGUUACCAGCUGUUGACUUGGUAAGUUUGCUGCCACCAAGAUCGUAUAAUACAAAGAAAAGGAGCAGGAGAUAUCUUAUUCAUGAUGGAGUUUCUAAUAAUACUGCUCCAAUACCGUCGUUGGAUAUGUCUCGCGAAUCAGUUGCGAAUCUUGAUUUGAAUCAUCCUGAUUCUAAGAGGAUGAAACUUUCAAGCAAUGGGAAUGAUAAUGUGCUGCUGACAAGUGAUUCUAAUGAUGAAACAGUGGCGUCAAGAGUUGUUGGAAACUCUGAGAUUAAUUAUGUUGAAAGAGAAGUGAGACCAAGAGUUGUUCGCGACUUUGAUUUGAAUGAGCUCCCAACUAAUGAUGUUGCUGAUGAAAUCAUUCACCAUGAAUGA